ACAGUGGCUAAACACUGAAAGUCCUAUUUCUCUUCACAAAGACCUUUGUGGAAAAGUGGUGGUGUUGGAUUUUUUUACUUACUGCUGCAUCAAUUGUUUGCACUUGCUGCCUGAUCUCCAUGCCUUAGAGCACCAGUACUCUGAUAAAGGUAGGGAGAAUGGAAAAGUUGGGGCUGCUUCCGUAAUGUCUACAUGUGGUAGAAAUGGUCUUGUUAUUAUCAGUGUCCAUUCAGCGAAAUUCCCAAAUGAAAAAGUUCUGGAAAACAUUAAAAGUGCAGUUCUGAGAUAUAAUAUUACCCACCCUGUAGUGAAUGAUGCAGAUGCAACACUUUGGCAUGAACUAGAAGUGUCCUGCUGGCCAACUCUUGUCAUUCUUGGGCCUCGUGGAAACAUGCUGUUUUCACUUGUUGGAGAGGGACACAAAGAGAAGUUGUUUUUAUUUACUUCUAUAACCCUGAAGUUCUACAAAGAGAAAGGACAAAUCAAAGAUAACAGAAUUGGAAUAAAGCUGUACAGAGACUUGCUCCCACCUUCUCCCUUGCUAUUUCCUGGGAAAGUGACCGUAGAUAAUUCAGGAGAAAGGUUGGUAAUAGCAGACACUGGACAUCACAGGAUUUUGGUUACCCGGAAAAAUGGUCAAAUUCUACACACUAUUGGAGGUCCCAACAGCGGAAGAAAAGACGGAAGAUUUUCGGAGGCAGCUUUCAACUCACCUCAAGGGAUCGCUAUAAAGAAUAAUGUUAUUUAUGUAGCUGAUACAGAAAAUCAUCUAAUUAGAAAGAUUGACCUAGAAUUAGAGAUCGUGAGCACUGUUGCAGGUGUUGGCAUACAAGGCGUUGACAAAGAAGGUGGAGCAAAAGGAGAAGAACAGCCCAUCAGCUCUCCGUGGGAUGUGGUCUUUGGAAAUUCGAUUUCAGGUACCCAGGAAGACGAUGUUUUAUGGAUAGCCAUGGCAGGCACUCAUCAGAUCUGGGCACUGAUGUUGGAAGGUGGAAAACUACCAAAGGGAAGCGAUUUAAAGAAAGGAACCUGCAUUCGAUUUGCUGGGAGUGGAAAUGAAGAGAACAGAAACAAUGCAUACCCGCACAAGGCAGGCUUUGCACAGCCUUCUGGUCUCUCUCUGGCUUCUGAGGAGCCAUGGAAUUGCCUUUUUGUAGCAGAUAGCGAGAGCAGCACUGUGCGAACAAUUUCUCUGAAGGACGGAGCGGUGAAGCACCUUGUAGGAGGAGAGAGAGAUCCAUUGAAUUUGUUUGCCUUUGGUGAUGUGGAUGGAGCGGGCAUAAAUGCAAAGUUGCAGCAUCCCCUAGGAGUAACGUGGGACAAGAAAAGAAAACUGCUGUACGUAGCCGAUUCCUAUAAUCAUAAGAUUAAGGUUAUAGAUCCCAAAACGAAGAACUGCAGCACCCUGGCAGGCACAGGAGAAGCAAGCGAUAUUACUGCUUCCAGCUUUACACAGUCAGCUUUUAAUGAACCAGGAGGUUUGUGUGUUGAAGAAAAUGGCCGCUUAAUGUAUGUUGCGGACACAAAUAAUCAUCAGAUUAAAGUGCUGGAUUUGGAAACAAAAAUUCUUUCCGUGUUGCCUAUCCUGAAUCCAGAAGCAUGUGAUGUUCCAGAUCAUCUCUCUGUACAAAGGGAUAAAAUAGCAAACCUUCCAAAACUGCCUAAAUCUGCACCAAACGUUCAACUUCCUUCCCUGACUGUAACUCCUGGCCAGACGAUUCAAUUUCUGUUAAAGUUGACUCUUCCUCCAGAUACAAAACUGAAUGAAGAAGCACCUAAUUCCUGGUUCAUCACAGCAGAAGAUAAUACAUGGUUGCUUCAAGGACAGUGUCUGUCUGGAGGAAUUAAGGAUGUUUCCUGUCAAACUCUCAUUCCCUUUCAGUUACCCAGUAGCUGUCUAUCAGCUGAAGCUAUCCUGGCUAUCAAAGCGUGCCUCUAUUAUUGCAGCAAAGAUAGCAGUGCCUGUAUGAUGAAAGGAAUCUCAUUCAGUCAGCCUUUACAGAUAGCUAAUACAACCCAAGGUAGCUUGACUCAAGUUGAACUGACAUACGCGUUUUUAACUAACUAAUGCAAAGCCAACUCAUUUCAUACUUUAUUUUAGUGUCCAAUGUUUCCGUAGGAAAAAAUAAGAAUAGAUAACUUUUCUCUGUUGUUCAUUUUCCUACAGCUUAUGAAGAAGCUAACAAAUAGUAUACUUGAUAAAAUGGAGUUCCUCACAAUUUAACAUGAAAAUUUAUAAUCACCACCUCAGUUCUUUUCAUUACUGUAACAGCAAUAAUAUAGUAACACUCUAGAUUCUGUUGCCAAUUGUGAAUAUACUGGAUGUUUGCCAUUCUGAGCAAUGAGCGACAAUUUCAAGAGUUCUUUUGGAAGAGCUAGUAUUACUUUGUAAUGCUACUAUAGUAAGUUCUUUGCACUGUGCAUACUGUUAGAACAGCUAGAUCAUUUAGGACUAGCAGUUAGAAAUUCCUUUCAUGCCAUUAACUUUUAACAGAAUGUUAAAACCAGUGCUUUCUUUCUCCGCGGCUACAAAAUAGUUAUCUUUCUUAUUUUUCAGUGUUGGCGUUUAUGACAUGCGUAUUUUGAAAAUACACUAUAAACUAGGUGCAGCUCUAAUUUUAUGCAAACUGUGUUUUACUUAACUAGAUAGGACUGCCUUAUAUGAAAAGCACAGUUUCAUGAGAAAAUGUCUGUGAAAGGAAGUGUUUAAGUACCUACAGAUGCAUUUCAUGCUGAUUUCUAGCAAAGAACGUGCCUCUCUCUAAUGUGUAUAUAAAAAACAUGUCAGAGUUUUUCUGUUAUAUACCCAUUUACAUUUUAUAGUAAAUUUUAGGUAAUAGUUGAAUAUCUAAGCUGCAGAAAUUAAAUGUCAGCCAUUUCAAGCAGGUGAAUCACUUUUUCUUUCCACUUCUGUGGUUUCUGUGUAAAGACCUGUCUGGAGACUCCUGUCUUGUAGACACUUAGGAUUAUGAAUAGUGUUGUACUCUUGAAAUCUGAUUCAAAAUCUUUUAAGUCAUUUGCUAUAGUGGCCUCUGAACAAGAACCAUACGUUCAGUGAUGAAUUAUUCGCAAUGGCAUUCACGUUUGGAGGAUCUGAGCUUUUGCUGGUGAACUGCUAUUUUCUGGAGUACUGCUAGUUUCUUACAUGAAUUGGUAGGGUUCCUACUGGGCUUCAGGGAUAUUUGGAUUGGGCUCAGUGCUCGGAUCAUGAGGAUCGGUUCUAAGAAGAUGAGUUUGUCCUAAGUUUGAAGAUGCGCUUUUACAUCUAUUAUGACGCACAGUAGUGAAAGAAUUACACAGCUUUUUCUAAAAAAAAAAAAAAAAGCCAUUGUUCCUGACACCUGACAGUAAAUCCCCAAUUUGAUAUGUUGUUGCUCUUUCCUACUUAAAAGCUGAUUGAAAUGUUGGUUAUGAACUCAAGAGGCUUUUGUUUUAAGGAAACCGUAUGGUUCCUUGUGGACUGGUGUGUUUUUUCCUUCCGCUGAAAUGCCAGCCUAUCUGUGAGCACUCUGUAGUACCAGAAAUGAUAAUUAUCUCACCUGUCAACAAGGCAAUGACUGAACUAUUAUUUUUCUUGUGUUUUUUUAAGCAACUUUUCUAAUUUAGUCUUUCAGCUCACGUGUAGUCUUGAGGAGCAAGAAAGCUUUACUACUUUGUUUACAGUUUGCAAAUGGUGUUUGAAGGAUGAAAGCAAAGAAACUGAUCGGAGCAUUUACCCUUUUUUUAACAUUUGAGUACAACUCCUUCUUUCUGAAAUACUUUUUGUUUGACUUUGGAUGGUAGCCAGGAAACCUUAGAUUAGCUUCCAGCUAGCUCAGACAUUUUUCUAUUGCUUACUGAAAAAAAAAUCAAGCACUAGUUUCUGGAGUUUAGAAUGAUGAAUUAAACUCUUACUGUUAUCUCAAGUAUAUCACUCAGCUGAUGGAUUUGUUCUCUAAAUUGCAACUAGAAUUAUUUGAUACUUGUCUGUUUCAGUUGGACAAGAUAAUCAAAUUUGACCUGUUUAGCUUCUUGUAUUCAAAAACGGAAUCCAUGUGUCAACAUAUCUGUUACCUUACUGGCACUUUUUAGCAUACUGCUGCAGGGGUCAAAAAUGUAUUCCUAACUUUAUUUAAAUGCAAUCUGUAGUAUUUAAGUGUAGUAUUGUAGAUACAUUUUCUAUCCAAAUGUGCAUAUAUAAAUGUGUGCGUAAGGGUCACAGCCGUUCCGUUUUUCAAUUCUCAACUUGCAAUUACUGUAUAUAUACAUACUCAGAACCACUGUAAGCUCAUUGGGAGAGGACAUGAGUAGACAGUAGGAAAACUUUUGCAUAAACAUCAAGCUAAAGUCUAGGAUCAGACUAAAAAGGACCUUUAAAUCUUUAGUCAUGGCCAUAUUUUAAUAAUUAUAUUUCAAAGAAAACAGUUUCCACUUUACUAGCGAAGAGUGGGAGUAUAUCUGCUUGGACCAAUUUUUUUUUCCUCUUUUCUUUUAAGUCCGUGUCUUGCAGCAGUGGUCUGAAUCCUAUAUAAAUCAAGGCGGGUAGAAGUUGUAAGCAAUUUGGUGAUGCUGGUCCAGCACCAAAAGCUUUUUUGUUAAAUUUAAUGACUGUUCUCUGCUUCGCUCAUGCAUUUUUCAAAUGAGCUCUGUAGCGAUACUACUGCACCCUCGCUAUUGGUUUGCUUUCCACAAAGUCUGAGUGUUCGUCACUACUAUAACGUCUUUCAUUUCUAAAAAUGAAAACAGAGGCCGAAGGUGUGAGUCCAUCUCAAAAAGACACACCACUUGUUAAUUUAUGAAGAAAAGCUAUAUGCUGGAGGUAACAGAAUCUGGUGGGUUUUCACAACCCGGGUCAGUUCCUCCUGAUCCAGUCAGUAGCAAUGCUGAGCACAUAUUCCCAAUAGGCACAUGUAUGUGUGUACGUGCAGGGUACACAUAUAGAGUACACACACAGCCAGCUCCACAGAUCAACACAGCCAGGGAGAUGUAAUUUACUGGCAUCCUCCUAAACAGCCACAGCACUUGCAUAAAAAGGAACAGCAUGGGCAGCCCCCUCUUUGGCUGAUCAGAAUAGAAGUGGAAUAUAGAUGUGUGUGUGUGCCUGUGUGUGUGUAUACGUACGUACAUACCGUACAAUAGCUCUUCAAUAACUGCUCCUAGGCACUUGAACAAUCCAGUAGUUGGCCUCCAGUCUCCUCCAGUUGCGGGCACCUGACCGUAUGAGCCCCUGUGGUUCAUGUUUCCCCUCUAGUUGCUGCUCCUGCUUGUAGAGGGGAAAGUCAUUCUGGUUGUUUAAUUAUUGACUAGCUAUUUAAGCGAAGAUAGAUGUAUUAUUGCCUGUGUAGUUGCAAAUCUCUUGAUUUUUUGGUCCCUACCAAGGUUUAUUACAUAGGUGAAACCCUUAAUUGCUUGACUUUGUAGAGUUAUGAGUAUUUAGUUGAAAAGAGCUUAUAAAUAUCCCUGCUAUUGUCUGCUAAAUUAUUACAUUCGUAUGACCCUUAACUUUUAAAAAUCACUGUUAUUCCUUAACACUUACCUCAAAGAUAGAUUGCAGCCAAGGCCCCACAGAAGUGUGUGCAUAAACUAUGUGUUGCAAGUCACAAGGAAGUUUUCUUUCUCAUAUAACGUGUGACAGAUGUUGUAACGGGGCAUGUGCAUGUGUCCUCCAGGCAGCAGUUGUGUUAGCUGAAGAAUUUACCACACAAAGCAGCUUGUCACCUACCCUUCCUGACAGUAACACUCCACUCAGAUCUGCCAGCAGAAUUGUUCGUAUAAUCAGUUAAAGUAACUCAUGUACGUUAGCAAAAAUCUAGUAUUUUAAGUGAAGUGUAAUCAUUUUCAUUGAAAUAAGUUGUCAAGGAUUAAAUGAGCUUGUUUGUCCUCAGCAAGAAAGCUGGAAGGAUGCUGGCAGUUAGUUGCGGACUGAAACCUUUACAGUCCUUGCAAAAGUGAGACCUGGUUAUUUUGAAUUAGAAUUCUACCGCAUCUGUCUUUGUAUUCUACAGCGGAUCAUAAAUAUAGAAACAAUAUUUCUAAUAAUAUUUCUAUAUUCAGUUAUGUUCCUAUAACCAAAUGACCACUAUCUUCCAUCAGAACCGCCUGUUCCUAUAUUUUGUAAUGUCUGUACUAUUAUAUGAAAAAUCACCUGCUCUUGUUAAGGAUUCAGUUUCCUGGUUUAUUUUGGCUUCUUUGUCAUAAUGCUGUUAUGUGGGGUUUUCGUUAGGCUUUCCUGUCAUUUCACCCAAGGGUGAAAUCCAGCCAAUUUCUUGAUACCUCAGAGAGAUACAGGUAGGACAACUACCUCUUCCACGUCUUCCCACUCCUGCUUUAGGGAGGUGGAUGCACAUAGAUAGUGCAAUAAUGCUGUUCCCUGUAAAGUUAAUGUUCCCUGGCAGCUCACUUAAAAUGGUGCAAAUGAGAUGAGAGUUUCAGGAUGAGCUAAACCCUAACACUGAUUCUCAAAACGGAUAGACCCAGCGCACACUGGCUUUCUGGGGUUACCUCCUUUCAAGGUCCUGUUUAUAUUCACUGCAGUCCUGCUCCAUACAGAAGGCAAAAAUGUUGCCCUUGUUCUUCCUGCAGGUAUUUGUAAUCACCUGAUCCAAUAGUACUCUUCAUCUUGAGAUAAUCAGGUAAUAAUUGCUGAAAUCUAGGUGAUACCUGGGCACUCCCCCACUGUUCUAGGUAGCAUUUGAAUAAGUUUAUGUUCUCAAGUCAGCUUCAUGAAGGUUUACACCGAUGCAGCUACCAUCAGCAUUUUUACCAUUGCCUCUGGCCUAUGCAGCAAGGUCCUACUGUUGUUUCCCGACCUCCCAGAGCAUCCCAGCACGCUUGAGUGGCCUAUGUAGGAAUUUUGAUGGCUCUUACUUUCAGGAAACUUUGGUGUUAUAGAACUUUGGAUGUUAGGUGAUUUGAAAGAUACUCCAGUUUGGUUUCUUGAUGCAGAUUUUGCUUAAUUAUUAUUGGAGGUUAACAUAUUUGUGUCACAGUCGAAAAGCUAAAGACCUUGGAUAUAAGUUGGGGACUGUCUGGGCAGCUAUAAUUACUAUUACGAUUGUUGUCUUUGUUCGUCCAUUGCUUUCAAACAUACUAGAGAACAUUUUGUCCCUCGGCAGGUUCCAGGGCUAAGCAAAAGAAUUACAGGUGUUUUUCAAAUCUUGCCUAGUUCCUUUACAGCAUUGACAAUUUUAAGCUAAAGAAAUACCGCUUGUAAAAAUCUGUUCCUAAGUCCACCUUAAUUUAAUAUUUUGUACUCAACAUAUUUUAGUAGAGCAAUAUUGCACACAAGUUUUUUCCCUUUUUGAAUAAGUAUUUAGAGACUCAACCUAUCUGGCAGUUGACCAACUUCAUAGUAAACAAGGUAACUAUUCCUAAUUUGUUUUUACGUUACUGUUUUAAAAAAUAAGAGCGUGUUCUUCAAGCUUUUGUUUAAACUGAAUUAUGUGCUUUUGAACCAUGCAGUCCAGUAGUCUGUCCUGAAAGUUGUCCGUAUCGGGUAACGGACUUCCAUAUUAAAAAAACAUGGAGCUAAUAGUAAAGUGGAGGAACAGAACUACUAAAUGUUUAAUACGUUAACUUGAAAGUUAUCCAAUUUCACUUUUAAAGGAGAAUUAGCGCAAUAAAAACUUUCUCACGUGUAAA